AUGCCUACUAGAACUUCAUUCUAUCCAUUGUAUGGAUUAGGGAUGGCAGAAACCACCGUUCCUGAUUUCCCUGGACGGAUUUCUUGGAAAAGCGCCCUCUGCCUUAAAAAGAUUGUAACGAAGUUUGAGGAAAUGGAUCUUGUGGAGAAGGUGUACAAUACCCAAUUCCGAUAUAUAGUCUCUGCCCCAGUGUUGCAGUUCUCAGGAACUAUUGAGGAUUAUGAUGAUGAAGAGGAGGGAAGUGAACCUGAGGAUGAACAUGAAGAACCUACUUCCAAACCAAACACCCGGAAGAGAAAGGCUGCGCUUAAUCUCAAAGAAGCCGUAAAUCUGAAGAGGAAGCUUGCUUAUGAAUCUAGUCCUGCCCACAUUCCUAGCCCUCCAUCCGCUACUAGUCCUGGAUUACCUCCAACAUCUUCUGUUGGAUGUAAAUGUGAAGAGCUGAAAGAGGAGGUAAAAGCGCUGAAGGAGGAACUCAUCAAAGAGGUGAAGGAGGAGCUCAAAGAGAUGAAAACAGCUUACGAAGAAACUCAAACAAAUCACAAGGCUUAUAUGAAAAAGUUGGUUGUUAGUAUGUGCGAACAGUUAUUAGCCAAAUCCAACCAAAGGAUGGCCACGUUAAUUGUCAAAUUAGAUAGUAUGGAGGAGGAGAGGAAGAAGAAGAAGAAGAAGAGCAAAUUGGAAAAGAAGGGCAAGACUGAGAAUUGGUUGAAAGAUGAAGCUACCAAUGAUGAGACAAAGACUGUGUUUACUUGCGAAGCACGAAAGAAGUUGUUUGUUAGAGUUCUAACAAAGUCCACAUGGCUUAAAGAUCCUGAAAUCGACGCAGUGUGCCACUUGUUGCGCAAAAGGAUUGAGCAAUAUCCCAAGACAUAUAAACAUUGUAAAGUAUCAAUAGGGGAUUGCUUAUUAGCAGAUAUGAUGAGGCGAGAGUACCCGAACUAUAAACAAGAUCCUGAAAAUUUUCCAAUAUCAGACGUCUUUUCUCAGUACUUCUGGGGAGCGCCUCAUAGACAUAUGCCAGAAUGGCCACACGUAGACGAUAUUUACGUGCCUUUGAACAUUGGCAACAAGCAUUGGGUACUGUGCGUCGUUCGUGUACAAGAUAAUCACAUUGACGUUUAUGACUGCGACUCGAGUAUUUAUAGGAAUCUCGAUCCAUACAUGAGACCUUUGUGUGAGAUGUUUCCACGAAUAUAUGCAAUGGGAGCCAGUGAUGCUGAGCUAAAACGGUAUCCUAAUUUCAAUUUCCAGAAACUGACAUAUAAAAGGUUGCCACACCCAGCCAAAAAUGCAGUCGCCAAAUAUGGGGAAGUCCCUAGAGCAGAUGAAAGUGGGGAUUGUGGUGUAUUUAUGCUUAUGCACAUGGAAUACUUGACUGCUGGUUUAGGUGUAGAGAAGAACUUGAAUUGUGCUUAUGUAUUCUGA